UUCUCAGCAGUAGAAGGAAUAGUGCAAAUAACAAAAGAACAAGGUGAAGGAGCCCUUGCAGCUGUCUGCAGUGAACUAGAUACACCUAAGUUUACUCCAGUGGAACUUGCAUUUCUUGCAGAGUAUGAGAAGACAAUGAGCCCAGUUGCAAAGGCACUUGAUGUUCUCCAGGGAGAAACCAGUGUGCAGAUGGGAUGGUUGGUCCCCACCAUAACUCUCCUAAGGACCAAGCUCCAGCACCUUCAAGUCUCCUCCAAGUUCUGUGAGCCUUUGAUCGCUGCACUUGUUUCAGGCCUUGAAAAACGCUUCGGCGAGAUGCUUGCAGAUCCAGAGCUGAUAGCCGCAGCCAUUCUAGUUACCAAAUUUAAGACCUGCUGGACAAGUGACGAAAAUAUCCUCAAACUUGGUCUUGACUAUAUCAGAAGCCACUUGGACUGUCAGGCCGAGAAUCCCGUCAGCGAAGGCUCCCACUCCUCUGAGGAAGAGGACUUCUUUUCCUCCUUGAAGAAGACCGGCCCUGUUGAAAGGACCCAGCAGUUGGAUGCGUACCUGGGCUGCCCCGGAGACACGGUAGAGCUACUCAAGUCCUUCCCCGCUGUGUGCCAGCUAUCACUGAAGCUUAAUACGGCACUCCCUGCCUCAGCAGCAUGUGGAAGACUGUUUAGUGUUGCAGGGCUGAUCUUCAGGCCAAGAAGAGCCUGCAUUGGCUCAAAGAACUUUGAGAACCAGUUGCUUUUGCGGCUGAACCAAGCCUAUUGGUAA